GAAUUUGACAAUUGACAUAUUGUUCAAUUUGGUCUAAGUCGAGUGUUUGGGCAGUGCAAGAUUUCUAAUAUUUUUAGUGAAUUACGAGAACAAUUUAACAGUGAAGUGAAAAUUGGUACAGCCGCCACGGGAAUAUUAUGUUUCUUUUAGUCCAGUAAUUGUAUAGCUAGUCAGGAUUAGAACAAGAUGACUACUGAAUCUGAAGAAAAAGCUCUCCGCUAUAGGAGAGCUCAAAGUGUUUCGAAAGCAGAGGAAAUAACUGAACAGGAGAAGAAAGUUCGAAAACUGCAAUUGGAUAAGCCCAUUCACACUCCCAGAGAUUCCCUCUUCUCAUGGAGCUCAGAGUUCAAUGAUUUCACCGGCCUCGUUAACUGGGGCUUCUUGAUGCUCUCUGUCGGAGGAGUCCGAUUAGGUCUUGAAAAUUUUUUAAAAUAUGGAUUGCGUGUAAACCCGCUCGAAUGGAUCGUAGUGUUAACUGGUUACAAUGAAGGUGAUCGAAGCCAGUACCCUUCAGUUAUUUUGAUAGUUUUUAGCAUCGUGCCUAUCGUUCUAAGUCUACUUAUUGAAAAGGGAAUAGCUGUUGAUUUAAUUCCAAACAAGUUUGGCAUCAUAUUGCAGAUAACUCAUUUACUUCUUAUGGUAUUACUGCCUAUCGCAGUCCUACAUUACAGGGGCAACGAUUUUAGUUUCGUGGGUAUAACAUCAGUAUGUAUGCUCUACUUGAUAAUAUUUUUGAAAUUGUGGAGUUACACUCAAACUAAUUAUUGGUGCCGCCUUGGAUUAAAGAAGAAGUAUUCGGAUACUAAACUUCGUAGGCAGAGUUUGUCUGCACCCAACUGGAAUGAACUUGUUUCGGCAGACCAAGAGCAGAGUAAGGAGGACCUAAUCAAUGAUACUCCAGCUGCAGCGAGGCUGACCAAGUACCCGGAUAAUCUGAACUUAAAAGACUUGGUUUACUUUAUGUUGGCCCCCACCCUUUGUUAUGAGUUGAAUUUCCCCAGAACUGCACGGAUCAGGAAGCGUUUUGUAAUUAAAAGAGUAUUGGAGCUGUUCUUCGGGAUAAAUCUAGCUUUGGCAUUGUUCCAACAAUGGAUGAUACCCACCAUCACGAAUUCUGUGGAGACUUUCACCAAGAUGGACCCCAUAAGGAUCACGGAGAGACUAUUGAAAUUAGCUGUUCCAAACCAUCUGCUCUGGCUGUGUUUCUUCUACCUGACGUUCCAUUCGUUCCUAAACCUAAUGGGUGAGCUGCUGCAGUUCGCUGAUCGCAAGUUCUAUGGAGACUGGUGGAAUGCCAACAAUAUAUCCGUGUUCUGGAGUACUUGGAACAUGCCAGUUCACAUGUGGGCGGUCAGACAUGUGUAUAAACCAAUAACUGGAAUGGGAUUCAGCAAGUUCAACGCUGGAAUCGUUGUCUUCGCCAUAUCUGCGUUGUUCCAUGAAUAUUUGGUCAGUGUGCCACUACAAAUGUUUAGGAUUUGGGCAUUCUUAGGUAUGAUGGCCCAGCCACCAUUGGCGGUUAUCUCUCGCACUGCCGAAAUAAGGCUCGGACCGCGUUGGGGCAACAUUAUGGUGUGGAGCUCCUUAAUUCUCGGCCAGCCUCUCGCCAUCAUGAUGUACUACCACGAUUACGCCAUGUUGCAUUUUAAACCAACGCCAGAAGUGCCAUAAUUGAAUGAACUUAUGAGGAGAUUAUUAGUGAAAAGGUUUUGUAGCACUUUUCUAUAUAUUUUAUUUAUUAUAGAAACUACUUAUUGUCAUGACAAUGUAUGUUAUUCACUCGUUCUUCAUCCAGGUGUUCAAAUAUAUGUAGGUCAUGUAGGUGCAUGGUAAUUAGUCACAUUUUUUUUCAUACUUUAUCAUAUUUAAAAGUGUUGCAAAAUCUAUUUCAUAUUUAUUUAUUAGAAAUAUUACAAUAAUAUUUAUGAAAUAAUUGUAAUCGAUUGGUUGUUUUAGUCAAGAAUUUGCCAAAAUUUUUAUAUAUGAAAUUAGAAUAAUUAAUAUAGUUAUAAGAAUAAUUAUUUUAUACAUUUUAAGUCAAGCAAUCAUGUGUUCUAGUUAUAAGUUAUACAGUAGUGGUUGAACUAAAGAGUUUUUAUUUAUGGUGUAGGUUGUCGACGAUUUAGGUGUUAGAACAUGGGGCUAAUUUUGGUAAAAUUUAAGUUAAUUUUGUAGGGUCUCUUGGACAGAUCCCUAUUUUUCCUGAAUUUCUAGCAUUUUAAUUAAGACUGAACGCACUUUGGUGCUACACACUAUAUUGUGAUAUACUAGGCCAUUUCUCGAAAAAAAAAAAA